GCGGUUUCCGGAGCUGCGGCGGCGUAGACGGGGAGGGGGAGCCUGGGGUUCCGACGUCGCGGCGGAGGGAACGAGCCCGAACCGGAUCUUUGACGAGCACCCCUGUUUGCGUUCUCUCCCCGCGUCUGCUAGGAGAGACUCCGCGGCCCGAGGGAGCCCCGCCGCCCGCACCCCGGCGCAAGCGCAGCCCCGGCCUGUCGGGCCUCAGCCCGAGAAGCAGCAGAAUGGCCCAAUGGAAUCAGCUACAGCAGCUCGACACACGGUAUUUGGAGCAGCUUCACCAGCUGUACAGUGACAGCUUCCCGAUGGAGCUACGGCAGUUUCUGGCCCCUUGGAUUGAGAGUCAAGAUUGGGCAUAUGCAGCCAGCAAAGAAUCACAUGCCACUUUGGUGUUCCAUAAUCUCUUGGGUGAGAUUGACCAGCAGUAUAGCCGCUUCCUCCAAGAGUCAAAUGUUCUCUAUCAGCACAACCUGCGAAGAAUCAAGCAGUUCCUUCAGAGCAGAUACCUUGAGAAGCCAAUGGAGAUUGCCCGAAUUGUGGCCCGGUGCCUGUGGGAAGAGUCCCGCCUCCUCCAAACUGCAGCCACUGCAGCCCAGCAAGGGGGCCAGGCCAACCACCCCACAGCUGCCGUGGUGACGGAGAAGCAGCAGAUGCUGGAGCAGCACCUACAGGAUGUUCGGAAGCGAGUCCAGGAUCUAGAACAGAAAAUGAAAGUGGUAGAGAAUCUCCAGGAUGACUUUGAUUUCAACUAUAAAACCCUCAAGAGUCAAGGAGAUAUGCAGGAUCUAAAUGGAAACAACCAGUCGGUGACCAGGCAGAAGAUGCAGCAGCUAGAACAGAUGCUUACUGCACUGGACCAGAUGCGGCGAAGCAUCGUGAGUGAGUUGGCGGGGCUUUUGUCAGCUAUGGAGUAUGUGCAGAAAACUCUCACGGACGAAGAGCUGGCUGACUGGAAGCGGCGGCAACAGAUCGCUUGCAUUGGAGGCCCUCCCAACAUCUGCCUAGAUCGUCUAGAAAACUGGAUAACCUCAUUAGCAGAAUCUCAACUUCAGACCCGCCAACAAAUUAAGAAACUGGAGGAGCUGCAGCAGAAAGUUAGCUACAAAGGUGACCCUAUUGUACAGCACCGGCCAAUGCUGGAGGAGAGAAUUGUGGAGCUGUUUAGAAACUUAAUGAAAAGCGCCUUUGUGGUGGAGCGACAGCCCUGCAUGCCUAUGCAUCCCGACCGGCCGUUAGUCAUCAAGACCGGGGUCCAGUUCACAACUAAAGUCAGGUUGCUGGUCAAAUUCCCCGAGUUAAAUUAUCAGCUUAAAAUUAAAGUGUGCAUUGACAAGGACUCCGGGGACGUUGCGGCUCUCAGAGGAUCCCGGAAAUUUAACAUUCUGGGCACAAACACCAAAGUGAUGAACAUGGAAGAGUCCAACAACGGCAGCCUCUCUGCAGAGUUCAAGCACUUGACCCUGAGAGAGCAGAGAUGUGGUAACGGGGGCCGAGCCAAUUGCGAUGCCUCCCUGAUUGUGACCGAGGAGCUGCACCUGAUCACCUUUGAGACCGAGGUGUAUCACCAAGGCCUCAAGAUUGACCUCGAGACCCACUCCCUGCCAGUUGUGGUGAUCUCCAACAUCUGUCAGAUGCCCAACGCCUGGGCGUCCAUCCUGUGGUAUAACAUGCUGACCAACAACCCCAAGAACGUGAACUUUUUCACCAAGCCCCCGAUUGGAACGUGGGAUCAAGUGGCCGAGGUGCUGAGCUGGCAGUUCUCCUCCACCACCAAGCGAGGGCUGAGCAUCGAGCAGUUGACGACUCUGGCGGAGAAGCUCUUAGGACCUGGUGUGAACUAUUCAGGGUGUCAGAUCACAUGGGCUAAAUUUUGCAAAGAAAAUAUGGCUGGCAAGGGCUUCUCCUUCUGGGUCUGGCUGGACAAUAUCAUUGACCUUGUGAAAAAGUACAUCCUGGCCCUUUGGAACGAAGGGUACAUAAUGGGCUUUAUCAGUAAGGAGAGGGAGCGGGCCAUCUUGAGCACCAAGCCCCCAGGCACCUUCCUGCUGAGAUUCAGUGAAAGCAGCAAAGAAGGAGGAGUCACCUUCACUUGGGUGGAGAAGGACAUCAGUGGUAAGACCCAGAUCCAGUCAGUGGAACCAUAUACCAAGCAGCAGCUGAACAACAUGUCGUUUGCUGAAAUCAUCAUGGGCUAUAAGAUCAUGGAUGCUACCAAUAUCCUCGUGUCUCCGCUGGUCUAUCUCUAUCCUGACAUUCCAAAGGAGGAGGCGUUCGGGAAGUACUGUCGGCCAGAGAGCCAGGAGCAUCCCGAAGCUGACCCAGGUAGUGCUGCCCCGUAUCUGAAGACCAAGUUUAUCUGUGUGACACCAACGACCUGCAGCAAUACCAUUGACCUGCCGAUGUCCCCCCGCACUUUAGAUUCAUUGAUGCAGUUUGGAAAUAAUGGUGAAGGUGCUGAGCCCUCAGCAGGAGGGCAGUUUGAGUCCCUCACAUUCGACAUGGAGCUGACCUCGGAGUGCGCUACCUCCCCGAUGUGAGGAGCCGAGGACUGAAGCCGCAGAGAGAGAUGACGAGGCACCUACCUGUGUUCCACCGCCCCUUAAACAGCCCAGCCCCAGAUCAGCUCAACUCCCAACUUUGUGGUUCCAGAUUUUCUUUCUUUUCGUCUCCUACUUCGGCUAUCUUUGAGCAAUCUGGGCACCUUUUAAAAUAGAGAAAUGAGUGAAUGUGGGGACACACUUUUAUCUAAAUGCAAAUAAGAAUGCGCUGUCUGAGAUUGUGAUCAGGGGGUGUGGAAGGGUUGGUGAGAGGGAGAAAGAGGAAACGUCUUGUCUGGUUUUGCCCCCCCUGCCUUCCUUUCUCAGCAGCUUGUUGUCCUUGUCAGAAAAGUGCCUCCUGGUGCCAGCGGCAUCCCUCUGCCUAUUUCUGUAAGCUAAUGCCACGGGCCGCCUCUAGCUACAUACUCCUGGCAUUGCACUUUUAACCUUGCUAAUGUCCAAAUAGAAGAUAGGACUUUCAAAGCCCCUAGGUUUCUUUUUAAAGUUAAAAACAAUUUUUUAAGGGCAAAAAACACUGUAUUGGCAUAGCCUUUUCUGUAUUUAAUAAAACUCAGUUAAUAGCCUCUGUGGUGCUUUAGGCAUUCAGCUUUCUUCAGGCUGACAAUUUAUAUAAAUCCUGACAUGAGCUUCAGAUCCAACCCUUAAAACACACCUGAAGAUGUGGCUUGGCCUUUGGUUUUGAAAUAGGAAGUCUGAAAGAGACCCUAAACAUUCUAGACUUUUUUUUUUAUAUAAACCAAGUUUUUAUUUUCCGCUUUGAUGUGUUAGCCUAUCAGUAGGUGAGUCUGGGCAGAGGAGCGCCUUACAGCCCAUCCUCCCCGUCUCCCUGGACUUCGCUCCUGUUUCUGAGCCUGGGUGGUUUCUGUGGGUGCCUUAUAAGGGAUGGGGGGAGGUGAUUCUUCCUUUCCCCAAGUCCACCUGAGCCCCCCUGGUGGCAUGGCUCCUUCCAGUGUCUAAAGGUCCCUUGUCCUAUUUGCUUUAGGAAUCCUGGUCUCGGGACCUCCUGGAAUACGAGGAAGAAAGUUACAGGUUGAACAUGAAUUAGACUCUGGGGCCCUAGUCAAGGGUCUGGUUGAGCUCAGGGAAUAUGGUUCUUAUCCCAGUUUCUUGGUGAUUUCCUGCGGCACCUGUAAUCACUUCACUUGGUUAACCCAGGGGCAAAGGCUUAAUGAUAAGCUCCAGGUCUGUCCCUUGGGUGAGGGAGUGUACACCCCAGCCUCCCCCCAGCGCUGGUGACUGUCCCCUCCCCACGGGGCCCCGCAAUGAGGCAGAACAACUCACAUUUACUGUGCAUCGCAGAACCACUUGGUACGCUGCAAGGUGGUUUCUGAUAUGGGGCCUCCUCAGACCCAGAGGCAUGGCUGGAUGGGGUGGUCCAAAACCACCUUGUCCCAGUUGACCAGAGAGCUUCUAAGGAAUGCUAUUCAUUAUACCUAAAUUCGCCAGUUUUUGAAGGGACGACACCUUCUCUCCAAGACAAACGGGUUGAUAGGUAGUACAGAGCAAUCUCCCUCCAGCAACACUCUCUAAAUCAUAAGCUUAACUUGAGGGACCUGGGGCGUGAAUCUCGGCUUUGCUGGAACAGAAAUUGUAAAAUCUGUGGCUUUUAGGUAACUUGUGUGUCUGGUUUAAACCCUGAUUGUAGCAGAAGCCCUGAGAGGGGCUGAGACUAGUUCCGGCCCCUCCCUCAAAGAACCCAGUCCUCCUUGACCUGCCGGCUCCCCCCCCUCCCCCGCCUGACCCCUGCCCAGCGCAGCUGAGGGAUUCCCAUGGGUAGCUAACCUACCCAAUUGGUUUGUGAGAUUCUGUCCUGAUCACUGCAUUCAGAUUCCAAUGUAUACUUACUUAAUAGUGUAAAAAUUUAUAUUAUUGUGGGUUUUUUUUUUUUUUUUUGUAUAUUGCUGUAUCUACUUUAACUUCCAGAAAUAAAAGUUAUAUAGCAAACCGUC